UUUAUCUUAUACUUAUCUUUUAAUGGCAACUAAUUUUUAAAGUUGUCACUACAUACCCCUUUCCUUUCCUUAUUGCUCUUCUUUAUAACAUUCUCUCUAGAAAACUUUCUCUCUCUAAAAUCCUUCCCUGUUUUCAUAGGUGUAUUUUUCUAGUCACAAAAUUCUGGUGAAAAGGUUCAAAACAGGACUUAUGUGGCAGAAGCAGCCCAGCAAAUCUUCUUACAGAGAAUCAAUCAAAGCUCUUGAAGCUGAUAUUCAGCAUGCCAAUAAUCUGGCAGCUUCUCUUCCAAGGGACUACUGUGGAGAUAGUGUUCAGAUGAGACUAUCUUACAGUCCUUUGGCACCCUUUUUCAUAUAUUUGAUAGAAUUGAUGGAUUAUAGUUGUACAGAUGCCCUCCCUAAUUUUUUGGGACUGCAUCAAAUUUUAGUAUACAAGGUUUAUGUUGAUGGAAUGCCAACAAUGUCUUCCCAAGAAAAGAAGGCGUCUUUAAGGGAAUUCUAUGCUGUGAUAUACCCGUCACUUAGGCUGCUAGAAGGUAAUCUGAUUGAAUUGGAAGAAGGUAGCAAAAAAUCUAGGAGCUCGGAUAAUAUGAGCCGAAAGAGAUUGGAUGACAAGUGGAAACUUCCUGAUAUUGAUUCGGAGAGGGAUGAUGAAUGCGGGAUUUGUAUGGAACCUGGCACUAAGAUGGUGCUGCCCACUUGCGGUCAUUCCUUGUGCAUCAGUUGCUUUCAUGAUUGGAGUUCAAGAUCAAGGUCCUGCCCAUUUUGCCGGGGAAGCCUAAAGAGGGUAACCUCUAAAGAUUUGUGGGUUCUCACAAACAACCAUGAGGUUGUUGACUCGAUCACCAUUGCAAGAGAAAACCUGACCCGUUUCUACUUGUACAUUGAUAGCCUUCCACUUGCAACACCUGAUACUCAUUUCUUUGUGUAUGAUUACAUGAUAUGAGCUAGAGAAAGAGGAACAUAACCUAAGAAAGUACUUUGUUUUAAAGAAGCCAACCACUGAUUGUAUAUAGUGUCUGGUAUUAUGUUCACCUUGCGAAUCUGCGAUGGUGGAUUAACAACUGUAAACGUUGUCAUCGGAUGUUCUUGACCUGCUAGAUAUUCUACUGCUGUUUGUGUUCAGACAUCAGAGGAAGCUUUAGAUGUUCAGGUUGUGGAAGAUUGCCUGCUGCAAAAAAUAAGAACGCUUCCUGGUCGAGGCAUCUGUAACCUAGUGUAGAAGUAAGUAAAAGUAUGCUUGACAUCCAACUCUGGCCUUUUAGAAUCUGAGAAGGAAUUGUCAAGUUACUCUAUUAUGUAUCUUCUGGGUUUCCCCCCUCAAUAAUUUGAUGAAUUUGUGCAGGGGUUACCCUCAUAUCUUCUUAUGAUUAAUACAACAGUAAUAUUCCGUUCCA